AGGUAGUGUCCGAUAUCGUUCUUUCUACCCGCCCCGGCUGUUUCUCUCUCUCCCGGCAUUCGUCAACCUGCACAAACGGAGUACACCUGGGCCACGUUGCAGGCGGAUAUUAGUAUUAUUAGGCGCAGCUCCAGGGCUGGUCGCCUUUACUUUCCCAUCUUUUCGGCGGCAUUUUGCGGCCCCGAUAAUCUCGGUCUUAUCCAUCGCGUCUGAAGUGGUGACUAUCCACGCUAAAUCUCACCAUACGACCACCACGAACCUCACCACGUCGUCUGAGUCAACCUGCUGCGCUCACACAGACACAAAGACAAGCCACCUGCCCAGGUAUACAUUGACAUAUCGCUGCGCAACCUCUGCUUCAUACAACUCGGCAGACGCAGUGGCUAGUGAUCCAACAUGGCCGAACCCGCGAGCGAAAUGACAUUGGAACAAUAUGAGUUUCCUCACAACCGUUUACGGCGCCAAAUCAUCCACGCCGACCGCACACCGCUGGUGCUAAUUGCCUGUGGUUCCUUUUCGCCCAUCACCUUCCUCCACCUGCGCAUGUUCGAAAUGGCCGCCGACUAUGCGCGCUUCAACACAGAAUACGAAGUAGUCGGCGCAUACCUGUCUUGUGUCGGCGACGCUUAUAAGAAGACGGGCCUGGUCAAGGCGGCGCAUCGGAUAAACAUGUGUAGUCUGGCUGUCCAACAGAGCACAUGGAUCAGCGUCGACCCCUGGGAAGCCUUGCAUACCGAGUAUUUGGAGACCGCGAAAGUGUUGGACCAUUUCCAAUACGAGAUCAAUGAAGUUCUCGGAGGUGUGGAGACUCCAGUCGGCAAGAAGAAGUGUCGAAUUGCGCUGUUGGCCGGUGCGGAUCUGAUUCAGACCAUGAGCACGCCCGGAGUGUGGGCAGACAAGGAUAUUGACUACAUCUUGCGAAAUUUCGGGGCGUUCAUCGUUGAGCGGACCGGCACCGAUAUUGAUGAGGCUCUUUCAACGCUACAGGCGUGGAAGGAUAACAUCACCGUCAUUCAACAACUUGUUCAGAACGACAUCAGUUCGACUAAGAUUCGAUUAUUCCUUCGUCGCGACAUGUCCGUUCGUUAUCUCGUCCCAGAGCAGGUGGUGGAUUACAUUGAGGAGAAUAACCUAUACGAAGAUGACGGUCCCGGAAGCACGGCCAGCGAUAAGGGAAAGGAAAGGCGGUCCGGAAAAAGCACGAACGCGACAGUUGAGGCUGGGUCAAGUAAGACGGCUUGAAUGAGGCAAGCCGGUAGAUUGAAGAGUAUACGAUGAGAAAUGCGACCACGGCAUCAGGAGUCAUGGAUGUUUACGGCUACAGCAAGAGGUACAUCGGGCGUUUGGGUGUCUAUGGGGAGUCUUGGGUAUUCCCUCAGCCAGAGAGGAUAGUGUUUGUUAUUUUUAUCAUUCUGAGCAGCCAACGAUACACCAGCAUUCCGCGCAGCGUGAAUUUAUGCCGAUAACGAUUUUGACGAGUUCCUUCCUUCC